ACUACACUUUUACAUAAACAGAUGCUCGGAACUAUCUAAUUAACUUUAAAUUAAUUCACUAACGAAUUCAUUGUUCAACUGUAGAGCGACCACCUUUUCCAAGAUGAUAGUGACAGUCAUGGUACUAUAUCAAGUAACGUAUACUUUCGCUUCCACAACCAUGGGAAGAGAGUUUAUGGUGUCUCUGCCCGGUAUGUUGUCCACAGACACACACAACACAUUUCCUAGAAUCAAUUUUAAUUUGGUUACUAUGGAAACCAUGAUAAAGGUUCAUAUAUCCACCCAAUGGUAUGACAGGGAAACUGGAAACAUCAAGCUCACAAUGUACGUCCAGAGAAAUGACGUCACCAAGUUUCACGUUCCACCAAAAUACCUGUAUGAUCUACUUUCAGGCCUGAGAUGGACUUUCCGAUUGGUAUCUAAUUUAAACUUCGGCGUCCUAGUGGAGCUCUUCGAUAACGUCAGAUCGGCCGCCACUUUGACUCUAAUCCCAGUCGACGCCUGGGGGUUAGAGUAUUACUGUUUCACUAUGGGGUAUAGACCGUUUGCCAUAAUAACAUCGUCCGAUGGACCGAACCUGGUCCAAUUUACUAUCAGAGCCCGAUACGUCAAGCGUUUUUUCCUCUACAUUGGAGACGUCAAGCUGAUCCAUAAGAGCAACUAUGAGAUAUCCCUCAACUUUUACCAGUCUUUUGCGCUAUCGGGUUGCGCUAAUGAAAGCCUCGUUGGACCAAUGACAGGAACUAGGAUUAAAGGCAUGCUACCCUUUGCAGUCGUCACCGGAAGCUGCUAUGCUAGCACCAGCAUAAAGUAUUGCAGCGGUGAACCAACCGAAGAGGAAGGAAAAGGAGAUAUAGUGGCAGAAAUGCUGAUGCCUGUGGAAGCCUAUGGAUACGACUUCAUCACGUUUGAGGUGUACUUUCGAAUAUUCGAAGGCUACUAUGUCUUCAUAUCGUCCAGCAAAGAAACCUUGGUCACUGUCUACAAGUCCGAUGAUAAAGCACUGAGAAGGUUCGAGAUUCACCUCGAGUUCAAAGGUGACUGGAGACGAACAGACCUUCCAAUUCAACGUUUCCACAGCACCCACCCCAUACAGGUGUUAUACUUCCACAAGUCUACGUGCAAGGCUAGACCUGACAAGCCUUCCAGUGAAGAGGGCGGCCCCAGCGUCACCAUUAUAGUCCCAACCAAUCUGUUUUACUUCAAGUAUAUUUGGGGGUCGCCUUAUGAACUUGGAGAGCACCAUUACAUCACAAUAAUCAUCAAAACCAUAUACGUGAAUGACAUUUAUCACAAUGGGGUUCACCUUAAGGAUAAGAUACCCUGGCAGAAUGUGUAUGAUCCGUUUUACAAGUCCGACUGGAAAACUGGUAUGAUGUCUGCAUCGCCACGUUACCUGCACAUACUGAGCAGCCCAAAGACAUCAUUCGGCUGCUAUUUGUAUGGCUUCAAUGGGCAUACUUCAUAUAUAAGUCCGGCAGGCUUUUUGACAUCACAUAUAAAUACUUACUGCACCAGCUCUGUCAGUACAAUGAAGAUCGAUGACCUUGUGGACAAUGAUUGUGACCUUCAGGUGGACGAGGAGCUUGAGAACGGUGUAGACGACGACGACGAUCGCCAAAUCGACGAAGAUUUACGUUCAGAAGGCUUUAUCCCAACUACAGAAUCAGCUGUAUCAACAAUGUCAAAGGUCACCAACACGACCAAGGUGCCUACCACAUUAUUCCCACGCAAUGCUUCGGGAACAGUGCCAGGCAAGACAGCCCACUUUAUUACCACGACCCUGCCUAACGCGACAACGAUGGAACCGUCUACGACAUUCAGGACCACGAGGAUCACACCACGGACUAACUGGAGGUCAACAGAAGACUAUACAGCUCAUCUCUACUCCCCCUGGUCGAUCUGGCAGUGUGAUGAGAAUUGUUACGAGACGCGGCAGAAACGAACCAGGGUGUGUUUGGUUGAAGAAUGCACCGAGCAGGUGUUACAGUGGAGGAAGGCUGAGUGCUAUGUCAUGUAUACAUGCCCCAAAUUUUGUAAAGACUUCGAAUGGGGCAUCGGUUGUAACAAGUCCUGCGCCAACUGCUUGGACACAUGUGACAAGUACAACGGUUCUUGCACCACCUGUUUACCUUUCUUCACCUCUCCAGCUAACGGCUGUCAGUCAGAGAUUUUAGGCGUUUGGCAGGAAUGGACAUGUGCCGAAGAAUGUCACAUCAAAUCCAUGUACAGGAAAAGAUUAUGUACCACGAUGGAACCCAAUUGCACGAAAGUCCAGAUGAAGUCUGGCUCCUGUCACAUAAAUACUUGUCCCAAAGAUUGUCCUCCUUUCAAGUGGGGUGCUGACUGCAAAUACUCUUGUGCAAACUGUGAAUCGGAUUGUGAUAAAUAUAAUGGCUCUUGCACUAGAUGUAAACCUGGUUUUAAAAACCAAAGAGCAGGUUGCCUUCAAGAGUGUGAUCGUUUUAAAUUUGGCGUCAAUUGUUCCCAAGACUGCAAAACAAAGUGUAACCAAGACGACUGUGGAGAUAGAAGAACUGGCGAAUGUCCUGUGCAUGGGAAGUUUGGACAUUGGACCGCGUGGCACUGUACAAGGAACUGUUUGGAGACCCGGAUGUCACGAGAAAGAUUUUGCAACCACCCCCAACCCCGGCUCGGUGGAUUGGAGUGUCAAGGCCACGCGCAGGAAUGGAAGACGUCAGUGUGCUACCUACGAAAAGAUAAAAUUUGUCCAAUCGAUUGCCCCGAGCAAAAGUGGGGAGUGGAUUGUGGGAACGAAUGCCCCAACUGUCUGGAUGACUGCGAUAAAUUCUUUGGUAACUGUACCAUGUGUAAAAAAGGAUUUAAAAACGCAUCACAUUCUUGUAACGCAGGUUGUGAUCGGAACGAGUUUGGUUUCGACUGUCAAGGAGACUGCGUCGCCAAAUGUGGCGAAGACUGCAAGGAUCGAGUCCACGGAUUCUGUAAAGAUCCAAGUUUCUUGUUAGUGGCAUCUAUAUCGACAAUAUUUAUCCUAUUGCCUUUUAUUGUGUACUUUUUAAAAAGAGACACGACAACGGCCAAGUCGAUCCACUCUGAAGACAAUAUCUAACACAUCAUCUUUUGUACAUAACUUUCUAUUCAAACG